UAGAUAGAUAGAUGAUAGAUAAUAGAUGGAUACUUUAUUAAUCCCGUGGAAAAAAAUUCAGAGUGAGGGACAGUCCCCGUGUUUCAGGACGAUAAACUGAUCCAAUCACACUUUUGUUACAGCCAUGAACAACUUCCUCUAAAACAAACACACAUUUCUCUGGUCCUAUCGCAAAGUGUCCUCCUCCUUCCACCAAAUCCUCAUCUGCGUAAAAUAACUUAAAUAAACUCGAUCUCGCUCCUCGGAGCUGCAGAAACUCGGGGGAUCAGUGUUACACUUUCCUCUGCGGGAUUAAACUGAUCUUCCAUCCGCCGCUGAAUGGAGGCAGGGCAGCCACGGUUGUCCGGCCCCGAAGGCCCAGGGUGCCCCUUUGAUCACUUCACUCUCUCCCCGGUGCAAAUACCUCUGAUUGGCCCGGAGGCUGAGAAGAGGGAAAAUCUUUAAUUAAGCAGAUAAUCUCUCGUUGGGACGAGAGUGGCUCCAUUUCACAGCCCCCUCCUCGACUCCUGCAGGCCCACUGCUGAAGUCUGAUGUGCAGGGAGCUCAGUUUCCUCUCCAUCGUCGGAGCGUCUGGACCUCACCUGGCAGGAUGUUCAUGCAUCUGGAGGUUUUCUACUACAUCUUCAUUCUCCUGGCUCACUCGAAGUCCUGCUGCUGCUGGUCAGUGAAUAAUUUCUUGAUGACUGGACCCAAGGCGUACCUGAUCUACUCCAGCAGUGUGGCGGCGGGCGCUCAGAGUGGCAUAGAGGAGUGCAAGUAUCAGUUUGCAUGGGACCGCUGGAACUGCCCCGAAAGAGCUCUGCAGCUCUCCACGCACAGCAGCCUGCGCAGCGCAAAUCGGGAGACGGCAUUCGUUCACGCCAUCAGCUCUGCUGGGGUCAUGUACACUCUAACCAGGAACUGCAGCCUCGGAGACUUUGACAACUGUGGCUGCGACGACAGCAGGAACGGACAACGUGGUGGUCAUGGUUGGCUCUGGGGCGGCUGCAGCGACAAUGUCGGCUUUGGAGAGGCCAUUUCCAAACAGUUCGUAGAUGCGCUGGAGACGGGGCAGGACGCACGGGCAGCCAUGAACCUCCACAAUAACGAGGCUGGGCGCAAGGCUGUCAAGGGGACCAUGCAGAAGACGUGUAAGUGCCACGGUGUGUCGGGAAGCUGCACCACUCAGACCUGCUGGCUGCAGCUGCCAGAGUUCAGGGAGGUGGGCAACUACCUGAAGGAGAAGUACCACAGGGCGCUGAAGGUGGACCUCCUCCGUGGAGCCGGGAACAGCGCGGCCAGCCGAGGGGCCGUGGCCGAGACCUUCAGCUCCAUCUCCCGCAAGGAGCUGGUCCACCUGGAGGACUCCCCAGAUUACUGCCUGGAGAACCGCACCCUGGGCUUCGCGGGCACAGAGGGCCGCGAGUGCCUCAAGAAGGGCAAGAGCCUGAGCAAAUGGGAGAAGCGGAGCUGCAAGAGGCUCUGCGGGGAGUGCGGCCUGGCCGUGGAGGAGCGGAAAGCCGAGAUGGUGUCGAGCUGCAAUUGCAAAUUCCACUGGUGCUGCGCGGUGAAGUGUGAGCAGUGCAGAAAGACAGUGACCAAGUACUUCUGUGUGAAGAGGGGAGGUCAGAGGGGAAGGAACGAGAGCGCCGGCAGCCGCCGCAAGAACCUCAGACUGAAGAAGAAGCACUAAGCAUCUUCAUCAUCUGCUGUGCCACGACCACUUUCGGACUCUGUGCAUGUUCAAAUAGUGUGUGUUAAGGACAAAAAUUCACAAUUUUUUUCUUCUCUUUCUACAACCUUUAUUGCCAGUUUUGUAUUAAAAGUUAAAAAGAGUGGGCCGCACACAAAGCCACAUGAAGCCACGUUUGGAAGACAUGUAUUGAAGAUAUAUUUUUUUAUUCUUUUUUAACAUUUUAAUAGUCACCAAGCAUUUGAUCAUAAUUUCUUUAACUUCAAAGUUCUCCACAACAUGAUUUAUUUAUUUCCAUACAUACAGAAUAAAAUCUAGGGGAAAUAAUUAAGCAAUAAAGCAUAAUUAUUCUUCGAGUGAUGGAUGAAUCGACUUUUGAACAUUGACACAAUUAGCAUUUAAAAAUCCCAAUUUUUAAGAAUCAGUCAGGGUUGUGUUCUCAUGAAUUGUGCAGCGGAUGAAUGCCAUGUAUCACUGCCAGGCUUUGAAUUUAUUCAGAAAACAUUUUAACAAUUUUGGACUCUCUAUGCUCUCCCACUGCCCUGGCCUUUGCUGCCCUCCUGAUGUAUUUAAUUGUACAUAAAAUGAAGCACUUUGUACUGUACAUUGUUAAUUUAUUG